AUGGGAAUUAAUGGAUCCGUUUGUACAUGCAGUGACCGCCCCAGAAAUACCCUUUCAAAUAAAGGUUUAUCAAAAAAUCAUUUCACAGAUGGCUGUGUAAAGGUCGUGGACUAUACUGGAAUGUACUCUGGUGUUCACUCUAUUCAAGAACUUAAACAAAAAAUGCUUGAUUAUUUACCAUAUCAUCUCCAAUGUAUUAAAGACAGCGAUAUUGACCCUAUCCACAGCUUUGUAAGAGUCAUAGGAAUUCAAACAAGUUCUGAUGCUUGAAGCGAAAUUAUGAUAGAAAUUAUUUUUGCUUCAAUAGGGAGAUUUGCAAUUGGAAUAUGGCCGUCAUGAAACACAAGGGAAGGGUCUCCUAAAGUCACAGGAACUAUAGAAUAUCUUUAUAAGUUCCCAGAAAAUGCUGUAAGAAGUUAUACAGGUUCUUAGAAAAAUACAAAUCUUUACCAGAAAUUUUAUUUAAUAAAAUAAUAAAUAAAAAGUUAUAUAGAAAUAUCGAGGAGGUUUUCACACUUUUUUAGAUUGGCUUGACAUGUAUAAGUACAACCCAUUUGAAGCACUAGAUGAAGAAGAAAAUAAUAUAGGAAAAAUUGUAUAUUCAAUCUUCAAAUCCUUAGAAAUAAAAGAAAAUGACCCAAAUUAA